AUGUCGCUGUGUCUGAACCGCCUAACAGAAGAACGGAAGCAAUGGCGACGAGAUCAUCCGUUCGGGUUUUAUGCGAAACCACACCGGACCCCGCAGGGCGUGCUGGACCUCAAGCGUUGGGAAUGCGGGAUUCCGGGGAAGGCGCAGACGCUCUGGGCAGGGGGCCUGUUCAAGCUGGAUGUUAUCUUUCCUGAUGAAUACCCGACGAAACCUCCCAAGUGCAAAUUCGUGCCCCCGCUCUUCCACCCAAACGUCUACCCCUCCGGCACCGUCUGCCUCUCCAUCCUCAACGAAGAAGAAGCCUGGAAACCAGCCAUCACAAUCAAACAGAUCCUCCUCGGCAUCCAGGACCUGCUCGACGACCCGAAUCCCGAAUCGCCGGCGCAGGCCGAAGCAUAUAACCUCUUCAAGAAGGACCGGCCGGCCUACGAGCGCCGUGUGCGCCAGGUCGUCAAGGAGAACCCUGCUCUCUGA